UCAAUACUCAUCACUUGAGCUUCUCAAGACGAUUAUGUGCGUCACAUUGCGAUGGAGUGUUUUUAACUUCUACUUCCCGCACAAUUGAGGCACAGUCUUCGCUUGGCUACCGUCGGAUUUGGUCUUCUCGGGCGGAUCUUAAGAUGCUGCUCGUCGCAGUGUCGAUUUUUCUGUGCUCAGUGACACUUAUUAAUUGUGCAGGAGUGCCAUCAGAGUUCAGGACUAGAGCAGUGAGUGAGGAGCGAAGGGACAAUCUAAUCCACUCCUCCAUUCUCUAUGGGAUUCUCAAUGCAACGCUCGAGGGUGGACAGGAAGUGGGCGGUGGCUCGUGUGGGACGCAGCUUUGGGCUCUGCUCGAGGGCGUGAAUGCUGAGGAAUUGUGGGCACUGAAAGCGCUGGACGCAUCAGCUGCCGCUCCCGAGGCCUUCAUCUGGGGCAGCAACUUCUGGCUGGGCUCCAGGCAGGAGUGCAACUCAAUCUCCCACCCAAUCGAUCUCACCCUCACCGAUGCGCCCGCCACAGAGGAGCUGGUCUACGCACAGCCACCCUUUCCCCUGGACUACCGCGUGGCUCACCUCAACAUCAGCACUGCGCUGCAAAUCGACGCCAAGUUCAUUGUCAAGCCUUUGCUGCAUUUGGGUCUGUGCGUGCCUGAAUCUUGUGGCAAUUCUGACAUAUUCAGGGCACUAAAGUUGUACAGCGAGGCCAAGGCGGUCAACGCCUUCGCCACCUUUCACAUCCACCCGAGGGUCCUUGACGUGAAGAAGCCAGCGAUAUCGUGGACUUUUCUGCUGCGACCGGAAUUGAUUGCCCUCGCCAUUUCCGUCGCUGCAAUCAUGACCGUGAUGCUAAUUCAGGGAUUAUCCGCCACUUCUCAGUCUGAUUGCAAUGGGAAUGAGAAGAAGAGCUCAGCGCGGCUCCUCCUCGAGUGCUUCUCUUUGAGACAGAACAUGAGCUACAUUUUCCGGACAUCGACGCCAAACUCCAUCUCCGCCAUCGCCGGAGUGCGAUCCAUUGUCUGUCUGUGGAUUGUGUCGUUUCACAUCUUGUAUUACGGACUGCACUACAGCGAGUCAGCAUCUCUCUUCCUGGCCAACUCCCAGGGAUUGCUGUAUCAAGUGAUUUGGUCAGCUGUGAUUUAUGUCGAUGUGUUCUUUGCCCUAAGUGCUUUUCUGCUGGUGUACAAUUUCUUGGGCAACAUUGAGCUGCAGAAUGAGAUUCAGGGCAGCAACUUGGGGGCAAAUGUGGUGCUUUUUGGCAAGCAUGUGCUCCAUCGAUACGUCCGCCUGACUCCUGCGCUCCUCGCCACGAUCCUGCAGACGGAGACUGUCAAUCAGUUCAUGCAGUCAUACUCGAGCUUCCACAUCAGCGAAACCCGAGACUUCCAGUGCGAAAGCUCGUGGUGGUACAAUUUGCUCUACAUUCAGAACUUCCUGGACAUGAAUAUGAUAUGUGGAGGUUGGACGUGGUAUUUGGCAUGUGAUUUCCAAUAUUUCAUCGUCUUCCUGUUGCUCCUCUUUAUCUUCGUGAAGUCGAAAGCCCUUGGGAAAUUGGUAUUCGCAAUUGUGGCAGCAAUUUUCAUUCCGCUCACCUUCUACACGCUCUUCGCCAACGACUUCACAGUUCGUUUUGACGCCAUCUUCAGGACACUCAACAUCGUGUACGCCAAGUUCUGGUGUCGCAUGAAUCCCUACAUUGCGGGCGCCUUUGCUGGAUAUCUCAUGCGGAGGAUCGUGAAGGACGACAUUAAAAUCAAGAGGUUUUCCGCGGUUUUCGCGUGGGGCUGCAUGGGAAUGCUGCUGCUCGGCUCGCUCAGCGUCACUUACUGGCGGGAUUUGCCCAGCUGGGCGUAUGCAAUCAUCCUGGCGGGCGGACGAGUGGCCAUUGGCAUUGGCACCGGCGUGGCCAUCAUCCUUUGUCAUCUCGGCCACGGCGGUUGGAUCAACAGUAUUUUCAGCCACGGCGCUUUCCAGCACACCCAGAAAUUGACCUACACCGCAUAUCUGCUCAAUCCACUCGUGAUUUUCUUCCUCGCCGGCGUGAAAGAAAAAGGAGUGCAAGUGGAUAACGCUGAACAGGCAAUUUUCUUCUUGGCUGUAACUAUAAUCACAUAUAUCUUGGCAGUGAUAAAUACUCUGCUAUUCGAGAGACCUUUUCAACGGCUCUCAGAUGCUUUCAUCGUGAAGAGAUAUAAUAAAUAGCCAAAAUG